AUGGCCAAUAAUUCAAUAGCACAAGGACAGAACAUGCCAACUAUUGGAAACUUAAACUCACAAAGUGCUAUUCAAUAUGUUAACAAUCCCUUACAAAGUCCUCAACUUCAGGCGGCGUCAAUUCAAAAUUCACCCUCUCAGCACAGCCCUAUGGGUACUCAACCACAAACAGGUGCCAAAGUUAAUCAAGCUGGAGGUGGAGAUCAGACUACUCAGAGUCUAAAUAGGCCAAGAAUUCAAGAGCUAGUGAGAGAAGUAGACCCAACUGUUCAGUUAGAUGAGGAGGUGGAGGAACUGAUGCUGCAGCUUGCCGAUGACUUCAUGGAUACAGCACUGGGUGCUUCUUGUUCCCUUGCUAAGCACAGACAUACACCAAAUGUAGAGCUCAAGGAUGUGCAAUUACAUUUAGAACGUCAAUGGAACAUGUGGAUACCAGGUUUUGGCAAUGACGAAAUGAGACCAUAUAAGCGUGCCACUGUCACAGAAGCACAUAAACAAAGGAUGGCACUCAUUAGAAAAACAAGUAAAAAAUAU